CAUGAUUCGACCAGCAUACCGCUAUGUUUGCGCCCCUGGAACCUUGGCAUGAGAGCGGGGUCCGAAGCUCGAUGUCACGACCUGAAAGGUAAGGGAACGUACCUAGUCAUGCUUCUUGCCAGUGAUGGGUUUGGACUUGGGAUCACCUCCUGCCCCAUCCAGCUCGUCUCUCUCCAGCUCUCGCCGUUCUUCCAUUGUUUCGUUUGUUCCAUCACAGCAACACGAUCAUGCUGCUGUGGCUCCUCUUUUUGGGACUCCUCAGCUUGAGGCCCUCCCAAGCCCAGCAGGUCUCCUUCCUCAACAUCACUGCGCCGUAUCAUAACCUCACAACCACUUGCAUCAAUGUUCUUAACUCAUUUGUCAGCUGCGAUCCAAAAAUCUUGGACGCCGGGCGAAAUGGCAAGUUUGAGUCGGAUGCGACGCUGGCAACCGUUUGCACGACGACUUGUACCAGCUCGUUGACGAGCUGGGUGAGGCGAGUCCUGGGCGCCUGUGCCUCGAGCAGUUACGUCGAAGGUCAAGCCACCGUGAUGGCCGGCUUUCUGGGCCAGACCAUACUUGAACGUCAAGGGCAGUUCUGCAAUGCCAUUCUUCGAGAAGCAAUAACCCAAGGGACGUCGACUGCUGUUCCACCCAGCGUUGCUUGCCACACCUGCGCUGCUUCUCUCAUCAGCACGCGGCUCCAGAUGCCAAUUGGCGCGACGUCGAGUCUCCUGAAAAGCCAGUACGAAUCCUUUACGUCGAGUUGCCAGAUUUCGUCCAUGUCCCUGACACCACUCGCCACUACAACGAGCUGGGUGACCAUCGCGCCUACUGGAACACCCUCAUGCGAAGGGACCACGUACACAAUCCAGUCCGGCGACAACUGCCGGUCCAUCGCUCUGGCGCAGGGCAUUGGAUCUGUGCACCUGCUCGCGGCUAAUAAUCUCGAGGCGGCCUGCCACAAUUUCCCGACCUCCGGCUCAGUGUGCAUUCCAUCGGCAAAGAAAUGCAAGCCUUACCAGCUCAAGGCCGACCUCAGCGACACGUGCGCCACUAUCGCCGGGCAGGAAACCGUCACUUGGACUCAAAUUGUCAGCUGGAACCCCGAGCUGGGCGAGUACUGUGAGAACAUCGAUCACUUGGCGAAAGGGGGCAAUGUCAUCUGCGUGUCCACUCCCGGCGGGGACUGGGUCAACCCCUUUCCCGAGGAACCGUCAACUACAACUUCUGAGCCAGAGACCUACUUUACUCUGCCGCCGACCGAGUUUGCCUCGGCCCCUUCCCCUACCUUCUCGCAGCCCUACCCGAUGGCGGGAUACGUGGACCCGAUCGCUAACGGCAGCGUCCUCGACUGCCAUCUUCAUCGGACGCCGCCAGUCAGGGUAAACGCCACGUCUAACGAGGACAGCUACCGCUGCUCCGACUUUGCCGCCUUCUACGGGGUGUCCAUGGACCAGCUGGUGUCAUGGAACCCCUCGCUCGCCUCGAGAUUGGUCAACGGCGACUGCUUGCUCUGGGCCGGGGAGCAGUAUUGCGCCCAGCGCGACCUCGACCAGUCUGCCAACAUCACGCAGUACUGUGUAGAAAGACGGGUGGCUGAGUCUGGGACACGUAGCACCUGCGACGGCUUCGUGACCUGGUAUGGCCUGAACAGGACUAGUUUUCUGCAGUGGCAUCCCGGUCUGGGCCCUAACUGCGAGAAUUUCCACUCAGGACACACCUACUGCACCAGCGUGCGACAUUUCAGGGCACCAGGAACCAUAGCCACCUGCACCCGGUGGCACAUGGCCACGGAUAUUAACCGUCAGUUCAAUUGCCCAAAGUCCACGAAUCAAGACGUAUCUGUUCUUUACUGAAUUGUGCGCACACCAGCUGCUAAUGACCCCUGUGGUACCAUCGAGAGAAGGUAUGGCUUACAGCAUGCUCGUUUCGUCGCUUGGAACCCGACCGUCCUGAACAACUGCUCCGGAAUUCGUCUUUACUAUGACUACUGCGUGGG